AUGAAAGACUUCACYGAAAUCACGCUUUGUCCCGAGGCUCUGGACGGCAGCAAGACMGAGUUCUGCAACCCCGUUUUUGAGGGCGAGGAGCCGAGGACAGCGCCCAGCGCGGAGCACCCGCCAGACAAGGAUGGGACCGGCCCCGCACCGCGCCGGGACGGCCUCGGCCAGCAGCUCUGGGGACAGGUGGGCUGGAAGUACCGCGCCGACUGCAAGUUCACCUGGCUGUGCGUGGCUCUCAUGAGCGCCGUCCUGCUCUUCCUCAUCGCCCUCCUGCUCGGCAUCGUCAUCCACCAGCUGACCUCCCCACACCCGCCCGGCGCCCCGGCCACUGCCCUGCCCGCCCGUGGCACCGCCACCGCCACCGCWGCACCCACCCGAAGGGACGGCCCGGCCCCCAGAACCGCCGCCACCCCGAGCGACAGCGGGCUGCCCACGGCCCGCACAGCAGCGCCGGCCUGCGGAGGGACCCUGAGGGGCGCCGAGGGYUCCUUCAGCUCCCCCAACUACCCCGGGCCGUAUCCCCCCAACGCGCUCUGCAUCUGGCGCAUCGAGGUGAGCGCCGGGCUCGCCAUCCAGCUGAGGAUGGAGGCGUUCAGCGUGGAGGGCACGGCCUCCUGCCUCUUCGACCGCGUGGAGCUCUACGAGGAGCAGGGCAGCGCCGGCACAGCCCCCGGCCCGGCCCGGGCGGGCCCCACCAGGUUUUGUGGCACCGUGCGCCCCCCGACCUUCAACACCAACACCAACCGCCUGCGGGUCACCUUCGUCUCCGACGGCAGCGUGGGCGCCCAGGGCUUCAGCGCCCGCUACCGCGCCGUGGAUCCCGCUGACAAGAGCUGCGCCUGGGACGAGCACUUGUGUGACCAGGGGCUCUGCCUGCAGCUGGGCUUCGUGUGCGACGGCUUCCACGACUGCACGGACAAGAGCGACGAGGCCAACUGCAGCCUGAGACACCAAGAGUGUGGGGGGCCRCUGACCGCCCUGGAGGGGCAUUUCUCCACCCCAAACCACCCGCAGCCAUACCCGCACCAGCAGCUGUGCCUCUGGAAGAUCUUGGUGCCCCCGGGCCACGUCAUCGACCUGCACUUCCACAACUUCAGCCUGGAGUCGCACGAAGAGUGCAGCUUCGACUUCGUGGAGGUGCACGACAGCGCGGGCACGGGGACCGCCAGCCUCAUGGGCAGGUUCUGUGGCCACCAGCUGCCACCCUCCCUGACCUCCUCACGGCACGUCAUGACCGUCCUGUUCGUGGCAGACGAGGGAGUGGCGGAUGACGGGUUCUUUGCCACCUACCAAGCCCGAAAUGCCACAGAGAAGACCUGCAGCCCCGCCGAGUUUUCCUGUGGGAAUGGCGAGUGCCAGGCUCUGGAGGCUGUGUGUGACGGCUGGCACGACUGCCCCGACGGCACUGACGAGCUGAACUGCACCGGGGUGUCCUACCCGGCCUUUGGGUCUGUCUGCGAGCCCGUGGAAGUGGAGAUGUGCUUGGGGCUGGGCUACAACGCCACCUCCUUCCCCAACAUCUGGCUGGCCAUCCCGGACCAGGAGGGCGCGGCCGAGGUGCUGCAGGACUACCAGACCCUGAUGGAGCUGGCGUGUUACCAGCACCUCCGCCCGCUCAUCUGCAGCCUCUUCGUGCCCAAGUGCACCCCGGACGGGGGGGUGCUGCAGCCCUGCCGGACCGUGUGCCAGGCGGCCGAGCUGCGCUGCCGCCAGUCCCUGGGGCUGCUCGGCAUCCUCUGGCCCAUCAACUGCAACAUCCUGCCCGAUUCCAACGACCCCGUGGAGUGCUUCCAGCCCUGAGCCGGCCGGACGAGAGCAGCAGGGGCUCAACUCGCCCUCCCAGCCCUAAAUGUCGCACCCAUCCUCUUGGUGUCAUAAAUACCCAGCUGCUGGGGUGGCCCCUCACCUGCCCUGGGGUCAGCCCGGUGCCCAGUGCUUGGCUCAGUGCCUGGUGCCACGGGCUGGCCCACAGCUGCAGAGCCCCAGAGAGCAGCUGGCACAUCCCACAGGGAAAGGCUUGUGCUGGGGACACCAGAAAAAGGGUUAAUGCCCCUCAAGCGGAGCCAGGCUGGGCAGAGGUGAGCCAGGCUGCAGGCACCAAAUCCCGGACCAGCCCGUGUGCCACAGCCCCAAAGCAGCAGAAUAAACAGCCUGAGCAGCUGACAAAGCCAGUGG